AUGCAAACGAGGCCAUUCUCUAAAAAUAGAGAUAGGAUGGCAUUAAGGUGUUUGAACAAUAAGUGUGCUAAUUAUAGUAAAUAUGUUUUUAUUCACAUCGAGUCACUAUUAUUAAGUUUAAAUGUAUAUCUGAGUAACAUAUUAAAAGUAUGUUAUAAAUGGUUUAACAACCAAACUCAAAUAAAGAAACGAUCAAAAGACAAAGUAAAAAGAAAGACAAUUAUAUAA